AGUUUACCUUUACUUUCUACAAAUAUGUUACUGUAAAUAUGAAGAUAAAUGACAGUAUUCACGCUGAGAAAGUUAACUAGCACUUAGCUACAGGAAAGUAGCUAUUGUCAAUGGGUUGCUACGAAGAAGAUGGCGACCAUUUUGAAAGUAGUUGACAUUUGGCGGUUUGUUGGCUGUAAUAAUUUACACGAGGUGCUACCGCAUACUUGGCCAGCUGUCCGCACGAAGUUAAUACGGGGUGUAUUUCGACGAAUUCGGACAAUAAACCCGUGUUUUUACAAUAAUACCGUCAGCGAGACUCUACAUUUAUGGCUUUCUACGCGCCGUGUUGGUCGAGUACUCUGCCCUACUGGUCGACUCCCGCAAGGCCCUUGGAUCAGUCGAGCUUGCUGUCAUGCUACCACACACAGCUCAUGACCCCACAACCGACCAUAAAGUUCUUUUUGCAAAGGUCCCUGUACAACUUUGUGGCAGCUCAUCCCAAUAUUUCAUUGAUUGACGACAGGCUCGCUGACUGGUACUUGAGUUUGUCCUCCAACUGCAAACAAGCCAUACAAGAUGAAGGAGGCUUUCACCAGUUCGUGUGGAGACACCCUGCAUUAGAGGUUCUGCAGCAUCAUGUUUGUUUGAAGAAUGACAUAGAAGGAGGCAGACAGGCUGCUAAGCCAAACAUCACGCACAACCAGCUAAGGUAUGGAAGGCCUGGAGAAAGAGAGACGUUUGUGUUAAGGGAGAAUCCCAAGCUACAGCAGCCACAUCAAGACAGCACAUUCCCCUCGCAAGAAGGCUUCCAAGUAGCAAGACCUUCUUGCCCCGGGCAGUUCAAUCCCUGCGUAGAGACGCUUGCUUCAGAUCCUGUGGGACCCCUGGCCAGGUUACGUCUGGACUUCGAGCAGAUGGAUAGAGGCCAUCAAAGGGCUCAUCAAUGUAGCCAGAAGUCGGCGACAGAUGACAGGGCUGAAUGGCCGCCAGUGGGAAUCCAGCUCCAGACCGAGAUCUACAAAUUGACAGGAGAUGAAGUCAAGUACAGUGAGGGUCUGUCGCCACAACCUGAGCAGGACCACACCCUGAUGUCCGUUAAGGGUAGCAAAGAGCCGUCAGCUGCUGGAGAGAAUCCCUUGGAAGUCCCGGACGUGAACGAUGACACUGCUGUCCCAAGCAUCGAAAAACAAGGCGGCAUCAUGAAGGACGAUGACACCAUCAUCUGUGUGUUUAAAGAUCAGAAGACCCAAACCAGUGAGGCUAGCUUGGGUCCACCUGAAGCACCUGUAGCAACCUCUGCUGUAGCCACCUCCGCGGUGGAUCCCGAGCUUAUGAAAUUAAGCACCGCCAACAAGUGGACUAGCACUUUGCCUUGUGUAGCCUCCUGCGGUAUCAUGGUUGGCCCUCCACUCUCCGACCGUUCAUCAGCCUUCACCCAAACUGAAGGUCAGGCUACGGCCGACAAGAACGUAAUCACCGAGGUGCACAUGUCUGACCUGGACUAUAUCGCUCAGCAAUUUAGCCAACUCCAGGCGGCCCAGGAAGUAAGACAGCAAACCGAUAAGAGUCAGGAUUACCGAGCAUGCGAACAGUGCAACUGUGUCCAACGCGCUCGCAGGGCGGAGCUCAGCGUGCUGGCCCUGCAGUAUCACAUGUGCCGAAUGCAAUGCUGGGCUGUCCGAUUGCAGGAAAACACCAAUCAAAUGGACACUGAGCUUCCUGCCAGCAUUGUGGCUGCUCUGCAAAAACUGGAUUGUGACUACAAUCAGAUGCGAGAGAAGAUCCUGGCAGGCGUUCAUCUGGAGCGUCUCAAGCCUUUGUCUGCUGGCUGUGACAGGACGACUUGCAUCCCCAUUGACCACUUCUUGAAGGCUGUGUCACAAUGGAGUUCCGAGGUUAUGCAGAAAGCAAAAAGACCAGACGAAGACAGCUGCAGACAGGGUGCUUCAAGAAGGACCAGUGUGGUCCACCAGAUCCAAAAGGUCUGUGCCAAGUCAAGGAGCCCCGUCACAAUUGUCUCCAAGGACAACGGCGAGGCGUGGUAUGAUGCCGAAGAAGACCUUCAUCCAUCCUCGGCACCUGAGCUGUCAAAAGAUCCAGGAUUGGUCAAGGAAGGCAUGAGGACUUCUGAAGUGGGUGAUCUUAACCUGACACAAGUAACCACUCGGCCUUCUGUCCAGACCAGCUCGAUGGUCAGCAGCACACCCACCCCAGGUGGAACCUUUGUUCCCCAGCGCUACGGGACCAUGAAUGCCUUCGACACCCUGAUGGCAGAACUGACCCGCUUCCACCCAGACGUGGGGAGGCAGAGGAUUGUGGGGGCUCUGAAGGAGCUAUGGGACACGUACCAGGGUGCCCUCUGUCCCCUGCCCCUCAACAUCAUCAGACAGAUGGCCUCCGACCUCCUGAGCAGGCCUACUGGAGGAAAGAUGCACUCUCAAUGUUGGCAGUAAGGUUGGCCUUGUUUUCCACCGUUUCAUGAGGAAGAGCUGUACGUUUUUUUUAUUUGUGGAGGCAGCUGUUUUUGGUUGUAGUUUGUUCCCCUGCAAUUAGAAUGACAAAUGACAAUGAGGCAGGUGUUUGUCUUAUUCAGUAAGGUUGGCCUUGUUUUCCACCGUUUCAUGAGUAAGAGCAGUAUGUUAUCUUAUUUGUGGAGGCAACUGUUUUUGUUUGUAGUUUGUUCUCCUGCAAUUAAAAUGACAAUGAGGCAGGUCAGUCAAUGUUGCAGUAAGGGUUGCCUUGUUUUACACCGUUUAAUGAGGAAGUUAUUUUGUUCAUGCAACUGUUUUUGUUUUGGUUGUAGUUUGUUCUCCUGCAAUUAAAAUGACAAUGAGGCAGGUUAUUGUCAGUUCAAGUUUGUUUGCAAUUGAAACAUACAGAAGUUGAAGAAAUGUGCAGCAGUUUUCAAUAAGAG